UAUAGUUUUAAUUUAAACUAGCUCUGGCAUCUUUUUUUUUGCAUAAUUCACUCCCUGGUUCAGCACAAGCGAGGCAGACUGGAUCGGAUUCAUUUCAAUGGAGAGACUGUCAAAAACACCCGGUGCUGAUUCUUCGCGGGAGAAGGAGCUCUGUCCACCACCACCACCCAGUGGAGUAGUAUCUGACAGCCUGUCAUCUUACAAAGAGUAUCCUGCUCACCGUCCCUUCAUCGACACACUUGUGCAUCACACACCCCAAGCACGCAUGCAUCAGUCAUGUCGCCCACCUUCACCCAGCAAGGCAUUCCCAGAGACCAGCAGUGCAGCAAUCUUUUCUGCCUUGAGGAACCUCCAGGAGAAGAUCAGGAGGUUGGAGUUGGAGAAAGGACAGGCAGGACUUGGUCUGCAAACUGUAGGCAAAGAUACAUCUCACAUACACCUGCAGAGAGAGAAGGUCACACAGAGACUCUUCAGUAAUCAGACAGACAGGGAGAGAGAGAUGAGUGACCCGUCCGACUGUAACCAAGUGUUGAUCAACCACCUUGCCGCUGCAGAGUCUCGCUGUGUGAAGCUGGAGCGACAGCUGGAUCACAUGAGGAGGAUGCUGCGCAACGCCAGGGCAGACAGGACCAGCCUGGUCAAACAGCAGGUUUCCACGGAUACAGCCAAGUUAGCCGAUCGACAGCCUGACACGGUGUCUGAGCAUGCUCAGCUGGAGAAGCUGGAGCGACUGGAGCAGGAGUAUCUCAGGCUCACACGCACACAAAACAAUGCUGAGAUUAAGAUUUGUGAGCUAGAGAUGAAACUGCAGGAGGAGGAGCACCAGAGGAAGCUCAUCCAGGAUAAGGCCAAUCAGCUACAGACAGGUCUGGAGGCCAAUAGGAUCUUGCUGCAGUCAGUGUCACCUCGACUGUCCACCAGACCAUCCAAAGAUAAGAAGUCCAAUUCAAAGAAAUUUUCCCCACGCCACUCGUCCUACACGCAGCCACACUAUAGACUGAGCCUCAGAGAUGUGCCUUUUGUUGCUGGAACGGUAUCAGUAGGCUGCAGCCACUCAGUCAGAGCAAACGUCCAGUCAGUUUUAUCUCUUCUGAAGCGACACCAACCACACCUCUGCAACAGCCGCGUCGUCUCUAACAACGCAAACAGCUAUGAGACAGUGAGCUGCAGGCCUUCCGACAGUUCAUCCUCUUCCUCCUCCACGAGUGGAGAGGAGCUGUCGGAGCUGCUUCAGGCUCUGCAGGAGGAGCUGCGACUCAUGAGCUUGGAGCAGGACGAGCUGACGAGGCAAGUGGAGGACAGUGUGUCUGAGCAGGAAAGAAGAGAACUUCAGAGGGAGCAGGAGAGGCUGCUGCUGAAAAUGGAGAGGAAGGGAGAGCAGAUCAGUAAGCUGUACAAACACAAGAGGCAGAUAAAGAAGUUAAGAAAGGAAGCUAACUCUAGGCCUAACAGUGGGAAUGAGGUAAGAGUAACUACCACAGUGUCCACAAGAGGUCGCUCUGCUGGAGCAGUCAAGGUUAGACCAGGAGAGAGAAGCAAGAGGAAUCUGAGGCUGCUGAGGGACAUGAAAGCUCUGCAGACCUCACUACGGACCUGAAACUCACCAGGACACAAACACAACAAAUACAGUUAAUCUUGUUGGUGCUGUUUACCUACCUAUGACUAUUAUUUCACCAUCAGCACAACCACCAAGUUUCUUUUUAUGGACAUUUGACCCAUGAUCGCAGGAGAAAAAUAUAUUUUUCAUUAAUCAGGAACAUUGUCUCUAUCAAGUUGUCUCUCCCCAGUCCAUUCAAAGGGCAUUUUGUCAAAACAAGGUCAAUAUAUUGUCUGAUUAGUGUCAAAUGGUCAGAACAUUUUAAAGAAUGAGAGGGCUAUAAAUUAUACAUGAUUCAUUCUUACAAAUACUAUUAAAGAAAUUGGAUUUUUGUUCAUGGAGCAUACUGACUCGAACACCUGCCUGGACUUUAAAAAAAAAAAAAUUAACUUAAUGUUUUAUGUCUUUUAGCAGCAGAGGGCAUGAACGUUUAUAAUCACUGAUUAGUUAUCUGUAUAACUGACGAUCCAAUGAGCAUGGGAAAAGAUUGUUUUUCAUGUGUCCCUCUGGCCAGAUUUUACAGUAGUGGACAACCUGGACAACCUGGAAAAAAAAAAAGUUAACAUUUCAUGGUGCUAAAACAUUCCUGGGUUGCUUAAUAGUUACAGAUUCAUUCACAAAAGCAGCCAUUGGUAGUGCAAAUAAACUGCAAUGAAUAUGAUGAUGAAGUGGUGCAUAUUUCUGCAGUUUGAUUAGAAUAAUGACCCAAGAAAAGAAAAAAAACAAAUACUGUGAUUGAUUAAAUGGACUGAAUCCCCUCCCUGUGUCAAACUGCAGGCUCUCCGCAUGUGUGUGUGGGAGGAUUUUGCUAUUGUUUUUUUGUUUGUUGUUUUGCGACUCGUGGGCAGCCUAUUUUUGAGUGAAACUGUGUUUCU